AAAAUAUUAAAAUAGUCUGAUAGUUUAGCAUAGAAAACAUCAGCCUUUUAAGUGUUUGCUUCGUUUAACACGCUGUGGCAUUUUUAUUAGAGACUGUGGACUUCAUAGAGACACGGCUGCUCUCUGGAGGAGGCUGAAGAGACUGAGAAAGGUGUACAUCUCAACAGCUAGCUGUACACUCUUUCCACAUGGCAGAGCCAAACUUUCCUCCGAUACCUGGAUUCAUCCCUCUGAAGCCUUGCUUCUACCAGGACUUUGAGGAGAUUCCUGAACAGCAUCGCAGCAUGUGCAAGAAAAUGUACCACCUUUGGAUAUUGAAUAGUGCUACUCUAGCUGUGAAUCUCAUUGGCUGCUUUGCGUGGAUGUUUGGUGGGGGAGGUGUCACCAACUUUGGGCUGGCUAUCAUCUGGCUGCUCAUGUUUACUCCCUGCUCCUAUGUGUGUUGGUUCAGAGCCAUCUACAAGGCCUUCAAGACGGACAGCUCUUUCAACUUCAUGCUGUUCUUUUUUGUAUUUAUGGCCCAAGUUGGCAUCAGCAUCAUCCAAAGUAUUGGCAUCCCUGGCUGGGGAGUGUGUGGUUGGCUGGCUACCAUCUCUUUCUUCAGCUAUAAUAUUCUGAUCGCUCUCAUCAUGUUGGUACCAACCAUCAUGUUCACUGCAGUGGCCUCACUGUCGUUCAUCGCUCUCACCAGGAUUCAUAAUUAUUAUCGUGGCAGUGAGGCCAGCAUGUCCAAAGCUCAGGAGGAGUGGACCACAGGAGCCUGGAAGAAUCCGCAUGUCCAGGCAGCGGCCCAGCAGGCAGCCAUGGGUGCAGCAGCAGGAGCCAUGCAGGACCAGUACUCCAGCCCACAGUACAACGAUAACCAGAUGUAGCCUCUGCAACACAGAGGUGUCAAAGAAAACAAUGGGACAGCAAUGCCAAAGUUUGAGCAACAGGGUUAGGAAGGUUUGACCUCUUCCCAUAAAAUUACUCAUCCAGCAAAAUUAUCAAGAGUUUCUAUAUAUGGCCCACUUAGAACACUUUCAGUUCUUACAAUUUGUCCUGUCACUGAUUCAGCAAGAGCAGUGAUUUCAAAGGAUUUCAUCAUCAUCUUAGAGCUGUGAUCAUCUGUGGGAAACUGGUUUUUGCCUUCGUGUUUUAAAGGGCAGGAUAUUUAUAGUACUUUUUAUCAUUUCAUACAUUUUUUGUCGAUAUGGGAGUUUGAAAUUAAACUAGUAGUGAAUGUGUCUCACUGUAGUAGAGAGCUCUGUGUGUACUUUUUGUGCUGACAUGUGGUUUUAGCUAUUUUUAAUAAAGUAUAAACAAAGUAAAACUGUUUUUUUAAUAUAACAUAGAAUUAAUGUAAAAAUUAGAAAAGCACUUUUAGGUAGAGGAUGUAACUUUUGGGGUGUCAUAAAUUCAAAGGUUUACCAAAGAUAGAAGUUCAGCUACUUUCAUCAAAGCUUUAUCAUAUUUCUAUGCAGUUUAUUAGCAAUAAGUGUGAACUGAAAGGUUUUAUAAUGUAGGGAUGUGUGUGUUUGUAACAGUUGGAAACAGUAUUAUAGAAAAACUAAGGCUCAAUUUGAAAAGGAAACUGUGAAACUAUGAAAAGACUUGACAUUUUUUCCAUGCACUGACAUCAGGUUUUAACCACAAAAAAAGAAGUUUUGUUUGGCAGAUUCAGCCAAAACAAGUGACAUGUUUGACCAAUGUAUUGUAAUCAUCUAUAGUUUCAUAGAAAUAUGAUUGUACUAAAUCUCCAUCAUUUUUCCUUUUAUAAAUGGAUGUGUCAAAUGCAGCUUCUUCAUGCAGUAUUGCUUUUUGACCACUGAGAG